AGUAAAUGCCACGUCUUUACACAGAGAGCUGCUGCAGCAUCAACGUAGCCGCCAACAAUAACAGCGCUUCUCUCAAGAGUUAUCCCGCAGCCCAAGAGUCGCCGAUACUCCACGCUGUCCGAUAAUAUGGGCUGCGUACGCCUGUUGGUGCUGACACUGGCUACUUCCACAGUCCUGCUCUUAGCCUCUCAAUCAGCCACCGCCCACAGCCAUUCCCACGGUGACCAUGGACACGGCCACCAUCACCACGGCCACCAUCACCACGGACACUCCCACGGCGACGGUGAUGACCAUGGUGAGGUGAAGAUGUUCCAUGGAGCGAGCAAGUGGAGCGCUCAGGCCAACCUCCCUCAUGAAGAGGAGGAUCAUCAUCAUGACCAUGACCACGGGCACGCACACUCCCAUGACCACGGGCACGCACACUCCCAUGACCACGGGCACGCACACUCCCAUGACCACGGGCACGCACACUCCCAUGACCACGGGCACGCACACUCCCAUGAUCAUGGGCACGCGCAUUCCCAUGACCACGGGCAUGGACACGCUCAUCAAGAGGAUAUUGCUCGGGUGCAUAAGGAGGAAAGUGAACAUGGGCACUCACAUGGGGGAGAGCGAGUGAAGCGGGAGACGGAGAAGGAGAAGAGGGACUUGGUGGAGCUCUGGACGCAGGCCAUCGGAGCUACGCUGCUGAUCAGUGCUGCUCCCUUCCUCAUCCUGUUCCUGAUCCCAGUUCAGUCCAACAGUGACCAGCACCAGAACCUGCUGAAGGUGCUGCUGAGCUUCGCCUCAGGUGGACUGCUGGGAGAUGCCUUCCUGCACCUGAUUCCACAUGCACUGGAGCCUCACUCUCAUCAUGGAGAUGAAGAUCACGGACACUCACACGCAAGUGAGGACACGCAUGAGCACGGCCACUCUCAUGGAGCUGCUCACGGUCACAUGAUGUCGGUCGGCCUCUGGGUCCUCGGCGGGAUCAUCGCCUUCCUGGUUGUAGAGAAAUUUGUGCGUCUGCUGAAAGGAGGACACGGCCAUGGACAUUCUCAUGGACACUCGCACGCUGGUACAAAGGAGAAGGAGAGUGAUGGGGAGGAAGAGAAGGAAAAGAAGAAAGAGGGAAAAGAUGAGAAAGUGCCAAAGAAAGAGGAGAAAAAGAGCACAGACAUCAAAGUGUCCGGUUACCUGAACCUGGCAGCUGACUUCACUCAUAAUUUCACUGACGGCCUGGCAAUCGGCGCUUCGUUCCUGGUUAGCCCAGCAGUGGGCGCCAUCACAACCCUCACCAUCCUGCUGCAUGAGGUCCCACACGAGAUUGGAGACUUCGCUAUCCUCGUCCAGUCUGGCUGCACCAAGAAGAAGGCCAUGUGUCUCCAGCUGCUGACCGCCCUGGGAGCUCUGGCUGGGACUGCUUGCUCGCUGUUGGCUGAAGGCGUCGGCGCCGCCGCCACCGCCUGGAUCCUGCCCUUCACGGCCGGGGGGUUUGUUUACAUCGCCACGGUGACCGUGCUCCCCGAGCUGCUGGCGGGCCGCUCCAGCUUUGGCCAGUCGCUGAUGGAGAUCCUGGCCUUGCUGUUCGGGGUCGGCAUGAUGGUGCUGAUCGCCGAGUACGAGUGAGAGGCUGCGGAACGACGGACAGACUCUUCUUGCAGUGCCAGGCCGAGGCGGAGAGGACUGAGAGAAAGGCACAAAGACGGGGAAGGUCAAAAGGUUUAUAAGGCCGUUUCAACACGAGUGGUGUUUUCUUUGUUUUUAUGAGUUGUAUUUUGAACAUUUCGCCACUGACUGUUGGACGAUGGAAGAUUUUUGUUCUGUUUUGUAGCUUUUAUGCGCACAUACUUGAUUUGUGUUUCUGUUUGUCUAUGUGAGGGAUGCGAUGCGGAGAAGUGGAAAUGCUUUUAUGGCAGAGAGGGAAACCUGUCAAAAUAGGAGUUGGGAUCCUUCUGUGACCACAUUCUAAUAUUCUUGCACCAUGUAAACUCCUGACGGACCAUCUACCGGCUGCUUCCUCCAUAAGUGACUUUAAUCAGAUCAUUUUCCAGUCAUAUCAGAAACUUGGCCGCUGUUUGACUUUCUGUUCUUUAGAUCUGCCUUUCAGAGCGGGCUCAGCGAGGAGGAGAGAAGCUGGAGGUUUGGUUCAGGUGUGUAUUUCAGUCUUGAUAUAUUGAAUGUCAAUAUUUUUACAUUC